AUGGCCACUUUUCUGUCAAUCCAACCCAGAUUCCAUCUCCAAUCUACUCCUAAAAUGACCUUCCAGCCCUUUGCUAUCCUAAACAAAACGCAGAAAAUGAGAGUUCCAUAUGAGCUGAAACAAGGGCAGGCACGUAUUUUUCAUCGGCUUCCUUCUGGUCUGAACUUGGAGGUUAUUGUGCAGAAGAGUGUGAAAGAAAAAGACCCAGAUGAGAAAAAGUGCCCACCUUUGGUUUUUGUUCAUGGAAGUUACCAUGCAGCUUGGUGUUGGGCUGAAUAUUGGUUGCCUUUCUUCUCUGCUUCUGGCUUUGAUUGCUAUGCUCUUAGUUUGCUUGCUCAGGGUGAAAGUGAUGCACCUUCUGGUACUGUUGCCGGUUCACUUCAGACACAUGCAGGUGAUGUCGCUGACUUCAUCGAAAGGAACCUCAACUCACCACCAGUCUUACUUGGGCACUCGUUUGGAGGGCUUAUCAUCCAGUAUUAUAUUGCAAAUAUGAGCAAUGAACAAUCUUUUGAAAUGGGCACUUUGUACCCCAGACUCACAGGCGCUGUUUUAGUCUGCUCUGUUCCACCCUCUGGUAAUAGUGGCUUAGUGUGGCGAUAUCUCUUUUCCAAACCCAUUGCUGCUUUUAAGGUGACUCGUAGCCUAGCUGCUAAAGCUUUUCAAACUUCGCUAUCUCUUUGUAGAGAGACCUUUUUCUCUUCUAAAAUGGAAGAUAAUCUGGUGCUACGUUACCAGGAGCUAAUGAAAGAAAGCUCAAGGAUGCCGUUGUUUGAUCUUAGGAAGCUGAAUGCAUCUCUUCCAGUGCCAAAAAUGACCAAAUCUACUGAAGUUCUUGUGCUGGGUGCAAAAGAUGACUUCAUAGUGGACGCUGAAGGACUGAGGGAAACAGGCAGGUUCUAUGAUGUGUCACCAAUUUGUAUUGAAGGAGUUGCCCAUGACAUUAUGUUGGACUGUUCUUGGGAAAAAGGUGCUAAUGUGAUACUAUCAUGGUUAAAUGGUUUGAGCAGAUAGUACAUAAUAUGACUAUGCGAGGAUAUUUUAUAAAAGGCUUCUCAUUUGCUCUCAGCCAACAUGUAUGAAUAAUAAUGUUUUUUUUUUUUGGAUAAUUCGAGAUUUAACUCAAGGAAAUGCUUGAUAAGAAUGAUGAAUUAAUGAUAAUUCAUUCUUCAUUUUUAUAUAUAUAUUUUUAAUUCUUUCUAA